GUCCUAAACUUUGGGCCUUGCACCUCAAAUCCGUAUAUGUAAAUGGGCUUACUAAAAUUAAAAUUGUGGUUCGAUUAAAACCUGACCCAUAUUCGAACCCCAAAUAUAUAUUAUACGAGUCGCUUCUGCAAAACCCUAGUUUUCGCUUUCCUCCGUAAUUUCACCCCAUUUCCAGCAGGUGCGGCGGAAGUUGCCUCAGCAGCCAUGGGUAUUGAUUUGGUCGCCGGAGGCAAGUGCAAGAAGACCAAGCGCACAGCGCCUAAAUCCAAUGACAUUUACCUCAAACUUCUCGUGAAGUUGUACCGCUUUCUUGUGAGGAGGACCGCGAGCCGGUUCAAUGCGGUGAUAUUGAAGCGUUUGAUCAUGAGCAGGGUCAACAAAGCGCCGCUUUCGCUCUCUCAGCUCACAAAGCUCAUGGAAACCAAGAAGGACAAGAUUGCUGUUGUUGUAGGGCCUGUUACAGAUGAUAUCCGGGUGCAUGACAUCCCUGCCAUGAAGGUUACUGCCCUGAGAUUCACCGAAAGAGCCAGGGCUAGGAUCGAGAAGGCCGGUGGAGAAUGCUUGACUUUUGACCAGCUCGCUCUUAGAGCUCCUCUCGGGCAAAACACGGUACUCCUGAGAGGUUCUCCUAAAGCUCGUGAAGCUGUGAAGCACUUCGGUCCAGCUCCUGGUGUGCCACACAGCCACACGAAGCCUUACGUGCGAGCCAAGGGAAGGAAGUUUGAGAGGGCAAGAGGAAGAAGAAACAGCAGGGGUUUCAGGGUUUGAGUUAAUUUUUUAUUACCAGGAAAAGUUGAUUUGCAAAUUUUACUUAUGUUGGUAACUGAAAGUGAGAUUUUUGUUCUUUGUUUCAACGUUUUACGGAUACAAUUAUCAUCAAUUGUACUUUCUGUUCACUAGUAAAAUCUAAAUUUGUUGGUUUAGGAGUUUA